UGAAGUCCUUGAGUGUGGGAUUUAUGUCUUGUGUAUUAUUAUAUUCCACACAGUGCUGAACGCACAGCCUUCUAUGUAGCAGGCAUCCAACACAUACAUGUUGGAUUGAUUUUAAGAGAGAAUCCAGGCGACUGGUGUGUUUGUCACACACCAUGGUGAAAAUCACCAUAAACUCUAUCAGUAAUUCCUGGCUAAAUGUUAAAUUAACUUUUGGCAUGAUAAUUUGACAAAGGUACCAAUAUUAUUAAAGGUUACUGUUAUGGAUACUUGCCUUUCUCCCCCUUGCUACUCAGUAUCUACAUCUCCUUCCUGUGCUUCCUAUGUUUUAUGAACUUUCUGGUUUGUAAGCUUUGUGGGGAGUAAGGCUUGUCUCCCACUGCAGAAGCUGCAAAGUCCUGAUUCUUGCUUUUUCCACCUCCUUGCCUGGUAGUGUGGACACCGCACCUCGGCUCCAACAGUUGUAGCUGAAUGUAGGGACUCUGAAGCUGAAACGAGUAAUGCACAGUUGCAGGAGCAUCGGAGAACUCACUGCAGUAGUGGCUGCAGCCGUGUCAAGCAUCUGAUCUCCAGGGCAGGAGGGUGGAUUCCUCCAAGGCCCAGUGUGGGUGGGUAGUUUGAGUAAAGAAGAUGAUAUCUCUGUCUAGGAAAUGGUCACUUGGAACCAUGUCACUUCUACCUUCCUCACUGUUGAUUCUCUUAAUUUUGUCAACUCCUUUCUGGUGUCAGAGUAGUGAAACUUCAUCUCUAAAAGCUAGUGAUGGGACCCCGUUUCCUUGGACUAAAAUGAGACUUCCUGAGCACAUCGUCCCAGUUCAUUAUGAUCUCCUGAUCCAUGCCAAUCUCACCACUUUGACUUUCAAGGGGACCACGGCAGUGGACAUCACUGCCAGCCAGCCCACCAGUGCCAUCAUCCUGCACAGUCAGCACCUGCAGAUAUCUAAGGCCAUCCUCAAGAAGGGCGCUGGAAAGACACAGUCUGAAGAGCCGCUGAGAGUCCUGGAAUAUCCGCCUCAUGAGCAAAUCGCACUCCUGGCUCCCGAGCCACUGGUGGUUGGGCUCCCCUACACAGUAGUCAUUGAUUAUGCUGGCAAUCUUUCGGAGAGCUUCCAUGGAUUUUAUAAAAGCACCUACAGAACCAAGGAGGGGGAAGUGAGGAUUCUUGCAUCAACACAAUUUGAACCUACUGCAGCCAGAAUGGCCUUUCCCUGCUUUGAUGAACCUGCUUUCAAAGCGAGUUUUUCAAUCAAAAUCAGAAGGGAGCCAAGGCACCUGGCCAUCUCCAAUAUGCCAUUGGUUAAAUCUGUGACUAUUGCUGAAGGACUCAUAGAAGACCAUUUUGAUGUCACUGUCAACAUGAGCACCUACCUGGUGGCCUUCAUUAUUUCAGAUUUUAAAUCUAUCAGCAAGAUGACCAAGAGUGGAGUCAAGGUGUCCGUGUAUGCUGUGCCCGACAAGAUCGAUCAGGCAGAAUAUGCACUGGAUGCUGCGGUGACUCUUCUAGAAUUUUAUGAAGAUUAUUUUAGCAUUCCAUAUCCUUUACCCAAACAAGAUCUUGCUGCUAUUCCUGAUUUUCAGAGUGGUGCUAUGGAAAACUGGGGACUGACAACGUACAGGGAAUCUUCUCUCUUGUUUGAUGCGGAAAAGUCUUCUGCAUCAAGUAAGCUUGGCAUCACGAUGAUUGUGUCCCACGAACUCGCCCACCAGUGGUUUGGAAACCUGGUCACUAUGGAAUGGUGGAAUGAUCUUUGGCUCAACGAAGGAUUUGCCAAGUUUAUGGAGUUCCUGUCUGUCAGUGUGACUCAUCCAGAACUGAAAGUUGAAGAUUAUUUCUUUGGCAAGUGUUUUAGUGCAAUGGAGGUCGAUGCAUUAAAUUCCUCACACCCUGUGUCCACACCUGUUGAGAAUCCUGCUCAGAUUCGGGAGAUGUUUGAUGAGGUUUCUUAUGAUAAGGGAUCUUGUAUUCUGAAUAUGUUAAGGGAUUAUAUUAGUGCUGAUGCGUUUAAAAGUGGCAUUGUACAUUAUCUCCAGACGUAUAGUUAUAAAAACACAAAAAACGAGGACCUGUGGAACAGUAUGGCAAGUAUUUGCCCUACAGACAGCACACAAAGGAUGGAGGGCUUUUGCUCUAGGGGUCAACAUUCAUCUUCAUCCUCACACUGGAAACAGGAAGGCCUUGAUGUGAAAACCAUGAUGAACACCUGGACGCUGCAGAAGGGCUUUCCCCUGAUAACCAUCACAGUGAGAGGGAGGAACGUACACAUGAAGCAAGAGCACUAUAUGAAAGGAUCUGAGGGCACCCCAGAAACUGGGUACCUGUGGCAUGUUCCAUUGACAUUUAUCACCAGCAAAUCAGAUUCAGUCCAUAGAUUUUUGCUGAAGACAAAAACAGAUGUGCUCAUCCUCCCGGAAGAGGUGGAAUGGAUCAAAUUCAAUGUGGGAAUGAAUGGCUAUUACAUCGUGCAUUAUGAGGAUGAUGGAUGGGACUCUUUGACUGGCCUUUUACAAGGAACACACACAGCAAUCAGCAGUAAUGAUCGGGCCAGUCUCAUUAACAAUGUGUUUCAGCUUGUCAGCAUUGGAAAGCUACCGAUUGAAAAAGCCUUGAAUUUAGCCCUGUACUUGAAACAUGAAACGGAAAUUAUGCCCGUUUUCCAAGGUUUGGAUGAGCUGAUACCUAUGUAUAAGUUAAUGGAGAAAAGAGAUAUGAAUGAAGUGGAAAUUCAAUUCAAGGCCUUUCUCAUCAGGCUGCUGAGGCGCCUCAUUGACAAGCAGACCUGGACUGACGAGGGCUCCGUCUCAGAGCGAAUGCUGCGGAGUCAGCUCCUUCUCUUUGCCUGUGUGCGCAAGUAUCAGCCCUGUGUGCAGAGGGCAGAACGCUAUUUCAGAGAAUGGAAGGAAGCCGAUGGAAACUUGAGGCUGCCCAACGAUGUGACCUUGGCAGUGUUUGCUGUGGGAGCCCAGACCACUGACGGAUGGGAUUUUCUCUAUAGUAAAUAUCAGUCUUCUCUGUCCAGUACCGAGAAAGACCAAAUUGAAUUUGCCCUCUGUGUUAGCCAAAAUAAGGAAAAGCUUCAGUGGCUCCUAGACCAAAGUUUUAAAGGAGAUGUAAUAAAAACUCAAGAGUUUCCAGGUAUUCUUACAAUGAUUGGCAAAAACCCAGUGGGAUAUCCAUUGGCCUGGAAGUUUCUGAGGGAGAAUUGGAAUAAACUUGUGCAAAAGUUUGAACUUGGCUCAUCUACCAUAGCCUACAUGGUGAUGGGAACAACAAAUCAGUUCUCCACAAGAGCACGGCUUGAAGAGGUAAAAGAAUUCUUCAGCUCUUUGAAAGAAAAUGGUUCUCAGCUCCGUUGUGUCCAACAAACAAUUGAAACCAUUGAGGAAAACAUACGUUGGAUGGAUAAGAAUUUCGAUAAAAUCAGAGUGUGGCUCCAAAACUCAAAUCUUGAACUGCUGUAACAAUUUGUUCCUUGUUGGUUCCUGCGAUCGAAACUCACCACCAUUUUGUCGAAUAUGAAUAUUUUCAAUCUAGAGAUGGCUUUUUGGCUCCCACUGAAGAUACUUUUCCUUCAACUUCUUACUCACUUGUCUAGUCCUGGGAAAAGGCUGGCUGUUCAUUUUUUCACCAGUGGGUUAUUUCUAUCGUGUGUUUCAUUUACAGUGUUGUCCGCAAUGUAAACCCCAAGUGGGUUCCCCGCUACUGAGGAGUAAAGUACUUAAUUCUUCU